AGAAAAAGAGAGAAUUAAAGAUAAAAGGAGACUGUCAAGUGUGGUAGGACAGCCUGGCGUGGAGACAAGAUGAGGAAACAGAGAGGAAGCUGAAACGUGCGAAGAUCCGAGACACGGUGAAGCGUUUGAGAAUGUUGUCGUGUCUGCUGCCACUACGUAUUCUGCUACCCUUCCUUCCCUCGUAAACACCUCAGCGCUUUAUCUUGACUGCGUUUCACGGGCUAUAAUGGAACCUAUUGUAAGUCUAAGGUGUUUUCAUAAUUCUAGUGACAGAUUAACAAGGUUUCUUCAACGUUAACUGGAAAAAAAAAAUCCCAUGAGGACCUGAGUGAACCUUUUUGAGACCCUUGAAACAGUCCCUGGUGCGAGUCUAGACCGUUUGAGAAUACAGAUGCAUGGGGAGUUUUUUGGAGUCGCGAAUACCCGAAGAAUUAUGAAAACCUCUAUAAAGAGUCCCAAAAGCUUCCAUUGGAGACCCCAGUGGCCAAGAUAAAGCGUUGAGAUGUAUAAGAAUAUGGCCUAGAAUUUCAUGGGGAUUCCUCGAAUAGUGAAUGCCAGGAGUGAGUAGACGGAUUAACCUCAGCCAGUCAGUGUAGCAUGACUCUUCAGUCAACACACCGAUUGCCAUCCUGAGACCGUCCAUCCUCCAUCGAGCCCUCAGUGUGAACCAAUUUGCAUAGUAUUGAUGUUUUUAUGCCACGUAUGUGGGGAGGAGAGCAGGGCGGGGCGUGGGGAGUCGGCCUAGUGCACCGGCUGCUCACAGAAAACUCCAAAUGAUGGGUCCAGCCGUGUUAUCUAGGAGAAGCGACCACACCCAAGCCCGCACGGCACUCCACCUUUGGCUGCCGUAAAUAUUAGCGCCGGCAUGUGUCUGCGGCCAACUCUGCGGCGUCUAAAAUGCGCGACUGUCUCAUCAGACGGGAAAGAGGUCAGGGCGGGGCCAUAAGACGAGCAGGAGGGAGGAUAACGAGGUGGGGCGCCUCUUAAUGACUCCUCCCGCCCUGCCGCCCACCCCGCCCAUACCCCUGCAGCCACCUCCAAUUAGAUACGGACGUGGGACAGGCCGCCCACCACACCCACAAGCCUAUAACACCGUCCUACACCUUCCUACACCCCGCCUACACCCCUCCGCCUUGCUACGACCCCUACUGAUAAGCUGUAGUGGGCGGGGGAUGGGUGGGCUGUGGGAAUGGGCGGUGGUAAUGUGUUGUGUUGUGCAUGCAUCAUUACCGCGCCCCUUCCCAUACCGCCCCUUCCUCCCUCGUCACUCCCCCCCACCCAUCACUAGGUAGGGGUGAUGGGAGAGGUGAGGUGCGAGGGGAGACGGGUGGUGGAGCAAGGAGGAGGAAACGAGGGAAGCAGGAAGGGAGGGAGGAAGGUAAGGGAGGGAGGGUGAAGUUGUCAGAGGGCAGAGUCAGUUGGCCACGGGGAGUCCUGAACGCCACACCCUCAGGCUCAGGUCAGAGUGACGGACGGACGACAGACGCGACGUGUUCUGAAGUGAGGAGACGAACAGCAGCGGAGGACAGAGAGACGGACGGAGAGACAGCAGUAACAACACAACGAAGCAAAUUCAAUUCUUCCUUGCCUUUUUUUUCCUUCGUCUACGUGUUUAUAGAGGAGUCCUGAUUUCCACGGAAGUUACUCUUUCUCUCCCUUCCAACAGAAGAAAAAAGAAGAAAAGUUAAAAUACUAAGGGUAACGAUUAGAGGACAAGCAGAAUCAAGCAGUAAUCAAAUAAUUUCCAACGCAACCAACAAGAUGACGCUAUCACAUCUCAGGGCAGCACAACACUCCCUGGAAAGCCACCUCCCUGGAAAGCGUGCCUCCGUUACACCACCUUGCACCGCGUAGGAACAAGGUAGCCAGAGAGUUAAGAAACAAGCACUGCGAACAAGCCAAGUGUGCAAGUGUGAGAGUAUGUCAGGCUGAACACACUGUAGAGGUUGAAAGGACAGGUAGACUCAGAGGCGUGAGAAUUACCAGUGCGUUGCUAACUCCGAUUAACACAUUAAUUCUUUCCGUGGCGCCGUAAGAUCAUGGCGUCAAGUCCCUGGCAAGAAAAAUUGUGACGAUGCUUAUGUAAAAAAAUCCCCAAACUCCUUCCAUCCGGAGACUCCAACUCGUCCCAAAUGAAUCUGAAUCACCAGGAAGUCUCGGCGAGCCCCAAGACCGCGGCGCUCCCCCUGAAGAGACGAACACCGACUCAUCGUAAGUAAGAUCACGCCACCUCCUGUACAGCAUUCCGCACAGUGAGCCUCGGCACGCCCUGAACUGCACGGCGUGAGAACAGAGGUGAGAGGCAGUUCUUGCGCUUUGCCACGGAGUUCAUCCUCGUCUUGCUAGCAUUUGAGUGUGUAUGUAAGUGGCAAGGUUUUGUACUACGGGCACGCAGGCUCCCACACCUCCCCGCGCUAGAGAGAUACAGUACCAUCUGUAAACAUUCGUCCCGCUUUGUAAACUUUCAUUCCUCCGUCGGAUUCUAACUCACAGGCGGUAGUUCACAGCACUUUCUGCCAGGCGGCAGGUCGCGCCAGCCUCCCGGGCAGCGGUAUUACACUGGAGGAGCUCAGUUCUUGACACCUCAACUCUGUACCGCAGGAGGCGCCCCCGCCCCGGGGUGACGUCGCCAUCGGAGGUGUGGGUGCCGGCCAUGAGCGGGCGGGCCACCCACGGCUCCUUCUACACCGUGGGUUUGGUCUCCACCCCGGCCCCUCAGCACCUCUCCUCCACAACCACCGCCACCACCGCCUCCGCCACAACCUUCACCGGCACGUACACCACCACGCCCCUGCAGCACCUCGCCAGCAUGUCUUCAGGCCACACUCUCCCGCCACUCUCCUUCGUCUCAGACGCAGCCACGCUCGCUCCUCCUCGCCUCACUGCCUCCAACACCCCUCCGCCUUCCUCCUCGCCUCCAUCCUUCGCCUCCCCUCCAACCAUCUCCGGCUCCCCUCCUCCCUCCUCCUCCGUGCCUUCCUCCUUCGUGCCUUCACCGUCUUCCUCUACACUCGAGCCGCCCGUCAGCCUCGCCGUCAGCAGCUCCCCGCCGCCCUUCCCUCGUUACGGCCGAGGUGGCAGCACCUUCAGCAGCCGCCUGACCGCCACCACGCGGCCCGGGGUGAUGACCACACUCACCCGCCCCUCCGUGGUCACCACACGUUCGCCGGGCCUUGCCACCCUCACCACGCACGGCCCCACAGUCACCACUUACACCACCUACAACCCGGCGCUGAAUAAGUUCACCACGCACACUCCAGUCACCACCACCUCCCUCUCCUCCGCCUCUUCUUCCUCCUCUCCGCACCCCAGCAGCGCCUUCCUCAGGUACACGCCCACUUCCUCACGCUUCGUUUCCCUCACCACCACCACCACCACUGCCACGCCGCCGCCGCGCCACACGCCCACCGUCUACACGCUCUCGCCUAACCUCGCGGACAACGCUGGCCCUUCCUCCGCCGACCCGGGAGCCAGCUUCCCGCCGCCACCGAAGGUGACGCUGGCCAGCACCUCCACCCUGCACCGCCCCGGCCCCGCCUGGCCCCUCAGGGUGACGCUGGGAGCCUCGGAGGGCUACGACAACCUCCAUCUUGACGUGGGGGAGGACGAGGCCGCGCCAAAGCCACAGGUCAGGACGCACAUGACGAAGGAGGAGUUCCUGGCGGCGCCCCAGCCCGGCCUGGAGCUCCUGGAGACCGGCGAGAAAGGUAAGGCAGCCCGCCCUCCCGCGCAGUCCCGCCCCGGGUGAGGCCCCGCGACACGCCACCACCACGCCUCCACACGCCCUGCAGGUUCACUUUCAGAUAUUACUCGUAUACAACACUGCAUCCUUCACCUUGUCCACCACCACCACCACCACCUUCACGUGCCCAAUGGUAUCUCCAAUUCUACUCCCUCUAUAGUAUAACCUUCCUGUAUAUCUUAUGCCAGUGUUCUCUCUGUCAAGCUGCAGACACUUGUAACUGAAGACUGAACACUCCUACAGCGUGCAGACCUUUAGACAUUAAGGACACCACAACACUGGAUAACGCAACUCUUCAAGAAAACAUGUUAUUUCAUUUAUUUAUCUGUUUAUCUGUUCUUUUCUUUAUUUGUCUAUUUCUUAAGGCCACGAAACAAGCUUGUUUCCUUCACUGAUCCUGUUACUUGAUGACACCACGAAUAUCAUAAAGACGACAAAUUAUCUUUUCUUAAGGACAUGGCGUUAUCUCUCCUAAUAUCAGCAGUUUGUAUCUUCCUGACCUCAUUUGAUAACCUCUCUCUUUUCUGCCUCUAUUUUUCCUUCUUAUCUUUAGCACGAAACAGUCUUCCCUCAGAAACUCGUAAAAGAAGGAAGCAGAAAAAAAAAAAAAAGACUUGUAGGCGUGAAAAUACUCUUUUCCUCCUCUUUCCCAUUUUCUUCACUCUUCCUUGAGGACACUUCCGUUAUCCAGAACACCAUCUAGCUUAACAAUCGUCAGAGAUGCACAAAAGGAGAGAGAAAGAGAGAACUGUUGUCUUCCUUUUCUAUGUGCCUUCUCUUAUCAUUCCCUUGAGGACAUAUAAUAUCUUUCCUCUAGAACGCGAAAGUCUUAACAAUCUUACUUUGGAGACACAGAAGAAGAAAAGGGAAAAAUGCGUAAAAAACUAUUUUUCUUCUCUCUCUCGUCUUUUAUUAUCCUUCCUUGAGAACACAAAAACAUUAGUUUUUCUCUAGAAUAUGAUACAGUCUUAAGAAUCUUUCCUUGGAGACGCAGAAGAAGAAAGGGAAAAAAAAUGUACGAAAAAAACUAUCUUUCUUCCCUCUCCCUCUUCCCUCUCUCGUCUCAUUAUCCUUCCUUGAGGACACAAAAUCGUUCUUUUCAUUGUCUUUCCUCUAGCGAAACUACCUUAAUAAAUUUUUCCUUAGAGACGCAGAAGAAAAUGGAAAAAUACGUACGAAAAAAAUACCUCUCUCUCUCUCUCUCUCUCUCUCUCUCUCUCUCUCUCUCUCUCUCUCUCUCUCUCUCUCUCUCUCUCUCUCUCUCUCUCUCUCUCUCUCGUCUCUUAAUAUCCUUCCUUGAGGACACAAAAUCGUUCUUUUCAUUAUCUCCCUUCUAGGGAAAUUACCUUAACAAAUCUUUCCUUGGAGACGCACAAGAAGAAAAGGAAAAAAUAAACAUGGAAACAUUAUUCCUUGUCUCAUCCCCCUCUUCCCUUCAUUAUCCUUCCUUGAGGACACAAAAAGCCCCCUUGAGGACACCCAAUAAUCUUCCUCUUCCUCCCCCACAACGUCUC